AUGCUGCUCCUGCUGUUUCUGUUGCUGAGCACAUUGGCCAACAGUGACGGUGAAGGGACAAACAAUUCCUUGGUUCUGAAGAGGACUCAGCGGGACCUUCAAAACUAUAGACUAUCCAGAGGACCCUGUGAUGAAAACUGGUUUUAUUUUCCUCCCUUAAACUCCUGUUACUGGUUUUUCAGUGACAUUAAGACAUGGAUGGCAGCUGAGGAGUUCUGUAAUCAGCUCCCACAUUCUGGACAUCUGGCAUCUGUGUCCUCAAGCAUUCAUAACUUCAUUUCUGACGUGGUCAGUGCUGUGGAUGAAAGCAAAAAAUGGACAUGGAUUGGCCUGAACGACAUAGGGAAGGAAGGCACUUUCACAUGGAUUGAUGGAACUUCCUACACUUAUAGAAAAUGGUCUGCAAAUGAACCCAAUCAUAGUGAAGACAAUGAAGACUGUGUGCAAAUGUAUUGUUUUUCAGAUGAGAAAGUUUGGUAUGAUCAAGGCUGUGAAGACGCUGAAAGUUUUGUUUGUGCCUACAACCUUCACUGUAUUUAG